AUGGCUCACCACAACUGCAAUAGCGAUAUGUGGCGUGUCCCGUUUCAUUUAGAGUGCCUCGAGAUCCUGUGUCGAUACAUGGAUAUACCAAUGUCGCAACUCAACAACGCAUCCUUUUUGGAGGUGCUCAAGGCUUUGGAAGAACACACCGAGGGCCCGAGAUUUCUCGAUAUCGACUAUGGCGAUAUCGACACGGCGAUGUGCAGUUCAUGGACAACAAACAGUGGCGAGUAUUUCCUUUCCAAUCCUGUGAAUGUGGCACGCCUCACGGAAUUGUAUCGAAAUCCUCCUCGCUACGACGACUCGAUUACACACGAAAAGAAGAUGAUCAGGGUGGGAGGCGACCCUUUCAGAAAGUUGUCGCAAGAGAUCAUUCUUCUCAUAAUGUCGGAGUUGGACGUACCCACCAUCUUUAAGAUGCGGCAAACCUCACCGGCUUUUUCAAACGCCGGGCUUGGAGUGAGUUUCUGGAAAUCGCACAUCGUGUGUGAUAUGCCUUGGCUGUGGGAUUUCCCAGCUUCUACUCUGGUUCAAGUGGAAGGCGUUGAUUGGGAGCAACUCUACGGCACCUUGUACCGGGGAAGCAGGUACAAAGCGGCCAACAGCAUCCAAAUCCAUGGGCUGUGCAACAGGAGGAGAAUCUGGGAACAAAUGUGCCAUGUGUUCGCUGUGCCAUAUUGGAAGAUCGAGUCUCGUCGAAGCAUUAAUGUUCCUGAAACCACCCAAAAUCAGGCACAUGAUGAAGCCUAG